GCUAGUAACUCUCAUCACAUGAAAUACUGAAGAAGAAACCACCAAAUCCCCAAGCAACUAAUGCUGGCUACAAAAAUACCAUGGAAGAAAAGACUAAUUGAUCUUGUGAGCAGUCCAGCUUCAUGCACCUUUUACCAUGCAACUGACAGACAUUUUUACCAGUAGCUGAAGAUAAAUUCUGGACAGGCAGGUUUCCUGUUCAGCUUGCACCAUCUACAGGGCCUCAAAAAAAGCAACAGAGAAGAAACCUGAAACCAUAAGGAAAUGAUAAACGCCACUCAGCCCCUACAAAUCAAGGGUUCAAUGACCAAGCCAAGCUUCAGUGUCAGAACCCAUCUAAAGCUGGUAGAGCUGAUUGAAACAAAUCCACCACCAGGAGCUGAAGACUUUACAGGAGAGGUUUUAGCCAUGUGGAUCUACUUGGCUGCUCUGCUGGUGGUUUACGUCCUGAGCCGAUGGUAUCGGGAGAGACAGAUCAUAGAGAACAUGGCAAAGAAAUAUGUCUUCAUCACGGGCUGUGACUCUGGCUUUGGGAACCAGCUUGCCAGGCAGCUGGAUGCUCGGGGCCUGCAGGUAUUAGCAGCUUGUCUCACUCAGAAAGGGGCAGAGCAGCUGGAGAAUACCACAUCAGAACGGGUGAAAACCACCAUUUUGGAUGUCACCAGCACAGAAAGUGUGGCAGCAGCCACAGAGUGGGUGAAACAACAAGUAGGGGAUGAAGGACUCUGGGGCUUGGUGAAUAAUGCGGGGAUUGCAUGCCCACUGGCCCCCAAUGAAUGGUUGAACAAGGCUGACUUUGUAAAGGUCCUGGAGGUCAACCUGCUUGGCGCAGUCGACGUGACACUGCACUUGCUGCCUCUUCUGAGGAAAGGCCAAGGAAGGCUGGUCAAUGUGAGCAGCAUGGCUGGAAGACUUGUUUUUGGCGGUGGAGGCUACAGUCCUUCAAAAUUUGCCAUGGAGGCAUUCUCUGACAGUCUCAGGCGUGAACUAUAUCCAUUCGGCGUUAAAGUCAGCAUCAUUGAGCCAGGUGGUUUUAAAACAGGAAUUGGUGCUCCUGUACCUGACUCCCUCAAAAUGCUAUGGAGCAGGCUGCCUGAUGAGGUGAAAGCAAUCUAUGGAGAAAAGUACUUCAAGGCCUUUAUGAAGAUGUUCACAAAUAACAAAACACACACGAACAACUACUACCCAGUUACGAAUGCCAUGGAGCAUGCACUGAUCUCCUGCUAUCCUCGCACCCGCUAUGCUGUAGGCUGGGAUGCCAAAUACCUCUUCAUCCCUCUCUCAUUUUUGCCAGCCUCCUUUGGAGACUAUUUUGCCAUUUCUUAUUUUCCAAGACCAGCAGGAGUUCUCUCUGGAUUGUAGAUGCUGCAUAAAGAAAUUUCCUCAAAUGCCACAAGGAAUUAUGACCACAAGGAAUUAUUAUUGCAAGGCAUCUUGAUUCUGUUGUCUGUUUUAAUCCCUUUAACAGAUGGAUAGCAAGUGUAAUUGUUGCCUUCUACCUUUCUCUGAUGGCUUGGGUAGAUAUGGGGCAAAAGUGAGCAGGACUAGUAUUUAACAUAGACCUUCCAUGUCAGAAAAAAAAAAUACCAGGAGAAAACCACCAUUUGUACAGGGCCUCCUGAGAGGCAUAUGUGGGAGGAUUUCCUUCUAUGAUGCUCUCAGAUUGUGGAAUAACGUACAAUAGUCCUUCCACAUUGGUUGUAGUUAGGGUGAAGAACCCCCGUGAAUGUGGAAAAAACACAA